AAGGGAAAAAAUUGUGUUUUAAUGUAAAUGAUCCUCAUUACAAAAUGUCCUGUGUCCUUUUCUUCACUGUAACGGAAGCUAUGUAAUUUGCUAACGUCCAUUGCAAAUUGCAUACAGGUCCAAUUAUUCUAUGCCACAAAGUUAUGGCUAUUUGCUGCAGCUAGCUCCCAUUAAAUACACAUAUAAUUGAAGGGAAAGUUACAAAACACACACACUCACACGUUGGUCUAUCAAGAUACAAGAGGGUUUCACUUUCACUUUCAUAGAAAACUCAAAAUAGGGGACCAUGUUUCAGAUUCCACCCACCAACCAAACAACCAUGCUUCUUCUCUUUCUGAUCUUCCUUCUACACACAACAUCCUUGGUGACAUCAUCAUCGGAUCUCCGACCUGGGUUUUACUCAAACACUUGUCCAGAAGCUGAGUACAUAGUCCAAGAUGUCAUGAAGAAGGCCCUCUUCAGGGAACCCAGAAGUGUUGCCUCUGUUAUGCGCUUCCAGUUCCAUGAUUGCUUUGUCAAUGGGUGUGAUGCUUCCAUGUUGCUUGAUGAUACACCAGACAUGCUUGGGGAAAAACUGGCCCUCUCAAAUAUAAAUUCACUGAGAUCAUUUGAAGUUGUUGAUGAAAUCAAGGAAGCACUUGAGAAGAAGUGCCCUGGAGUUGUGUCCUGUGCUGAUAUCAUAAUCAUGGCUUCUAGAGAUGCUGUAGCACUGACAGGAGGACCCAACUGGGAAGUGAGGUUGGGAAGAUUGGACAGCUUGACUGCCAGUCAAGAAGACUCAGACAACAUCAUGCCCAGCCCAAGAGCCAAUGCAACCGCUCUUAUUGACCUCUUCCAGAAAUACAACCUCACAGUGAAAGACCUUGUGGCACUCUCAGGAUCUCACUCUAUUGGACAAGGUCGUUGUUUUUCCGUCAUGUUCAGGCUUUACAAUCAAUCUGGAAGUGGAAAGCCUGACCCUGCACUUGACCCUAGUUAUAGAGAACAACUUAACAAGCUUUGUCCACUAGAUGUUGAUCAAAAUGUGACAGUUAACCUUGAUUCCACUCCUCUGGUGUUUGACAACCAGUAUUUCAAGGACUUGGUUGCUGGGAGGGGAUUUCUCAACUCUGAUGAAACACUUUUCACUUUCCCCAAGACAAGGGGGUUAGUGAGGUUUUAUAGUACACAUCAAAGUCAGUUUUUCGAAGCAUUUGCAGAAGGGAUGUUAAAAAUGGGUGACUUGCAGUCUGGUCGGCCAGGAGAGGUUAGGAGGAAUUGCAGGAUGGUCAAUGCUCGCCGUGCUCAUUUGCUGCCAGACUCUCAACAGGAGAUGGAGAAUAAGGAUGAAAUACAUGCUUGUAUCUGAAGACUCACGGAUUAAGAAGAUGCAUCCAAAUUUUCAAGGGGAUGUCUUACCCCAUGGAGUUAUAACUCCAUCCUUGGUGCAUUAAUUGUGUGAUUUAUAAAAAUUCAAGUAAAAAUAGUUUGUGUAAUUCUCAAUCCCCACUUAUCUUAAAUUCUAUUAAUCCAUCUAGGACGAGGUUAUUUAUCUUUAUAGGGUAAGUCAGACAAAUCCUAUUUAGGGUUUUCAAUCUACGAAACAAACUUAAAAUGUACCUGGAUUGCUUUGACCUAUCCCUUUGUCAGGCUUACUCAUACUCAUUGCUUUCA